AUGACAAGCAUCUGUUGCCAAAACAAUGAAUGCAAAGACCUGGACAUUGGAUUUCAUCUACUGCCCCUGCAUGCUGCAAAAUCAAGGUCGGUGGAGAAAGGCGGUGCUGGCGGCGACACCGAAGUUCACGGUUUGGAUGCGGAGAGGGUGGAGUUGCUUGUUGAUGCAUUGAAACAGCUGGAGGCUGGGGUGGUGGUGACGGAUUUUUCGCCUCUUCGGGAUGACCAGUGGGCGGUGCAACGCCUGUCGAGUCGGCUGCCUCAGGACACGUCACUGUAUCAGGUGGAUGCACACAAUGUGGUUCCAGUGUGGAUUGCCUCGGAGAAGCUUGAAUUA